AUGAAAAAGGGCGCUCUCCGUGGUUGGUUUAGUUCAAGUACCGAGGCCCCGUCCGACAAGGGUAAGCUAGCCAAUACCAGCAGCGACAGCAGCCCAACUCGCAUCAGCGCCAACUCGAGCCGCAGCAGCUCCAGUGCAUGUCCCAGUCCUAGACCCUCGCCCGGCGGAGCCCGACCCAGCACAGUGGCAGCGCCAGGAGUAAAGCGUAGCAGUGACACCACCACCACUACUACCACCACCACUUGUAACAAUACCGCCGCCCCGACUAGUACCGACAACACCUCUACCACAACAACCACAACUACAACCACAACCGCCACAAAUCACGAUAUUAACAGACGCUAUCGCGCAUCCCGCAUCGACGACGAAAAUAGGGGGCCCUCAUUUUCUCGCUCCAUAUCCCCCUCCGGACUUUACCAGUCCACCUCGUCGGCCUCACCUUCUCCUCAGCCGCCCACCCCUACUGCAGAACGUCGCGCCAGCAUUUCGCGCACCAAGCCUAGACCCAUCGCCUUUCCGGGUUCACAGUCGCCGUCGCUGCGCCUUUCUAGCCUACGGGAGUCGCUGCCAAACUUUGACCAAGAAGACUUUGGCGGCUUUAUUCACGACGAUCCCAGAGACGACAUUGUGGUAAUCGACGACUUUUUCCGUCCCACUUCUCUGAGCGACCCAAAAACCGCCACCGAUAUGACUGCCGGCCCUAUAGACUCGGCCAUGGGCCGCAGUCGACAGGACUCGUUCGUCUCUGCCGGCCCAAAGCCCAUUUCUAUGAUCAACCCCAAUCGCGCCGACAACCGUCCAAGGCGCGAGAGCGUUGCUGGCAGUUUGAUGGGUGGCAUGAGCUGGGGAGGCAUGUCCGUCAGUAGUUUCAUUCGCGACGAGAUACAGAUGACGGGAACAUCACCAUACCCAACCCAUCAAUCGCCCUCACACCACUCGUCCUCAUACAUCCCAAAACUCGAAGCAAACUUCAUGCGCAACUUUACAUGUUGCGACAGGACAUGGCCGACCAUGCACGAUCUUCUGACUCAUUAUGAGGAAAGCCACACCAACGGCGCGCCGUCCGAGCGCAACGGCUCCCAGAUGAACGCCAACGCCAGCCAGCAAACCCCCAAAACGCCCGCGCGGGCCUUGGCGAGCACGUCGACGUUCGGCACGCCACAGACCGCCCGUCAUAGCCAAGGACAAGGCCAACAGACUAGGCCUGGUGGCGUUGGUGCUGCGGGCACGGCCGCUUUGGGGAUGAGUGGCCUUCAACAGUUGAUGCGCCAGCAGCAGCAGCAGCAGCAGCAGCAACAACAACAACAAAACACCAGUCAAAAGCAAACCGCCUCUCUGUCGCAGUUACAGAACGACGACUUGGACACGGUACAUGACAUGGAGAUGGACGAUCCAGUUGGUACUAUGGACCUAGACGAUGGUGAGGCAGACGCUGGAAACGCGUCCAUUCAGCAAACCCGCCAAUUGUUUGGCCAGCAACAACGGAACAAUAUGCCACUGAACAAUGCCUCUAGUCUUGUGCAUCAAGGCCUACGGACUUCGCAGCCCUCCACGCCGCUUGUCGGCAACUUCAACUUCCAAGACCCGACCGUCUCUUCAGUAAACACGCCGACUCUCACGACCCACGGACUACCGCAGACAACGCAAGGCCAGUUCGCCAAUACUUCAUUUGCCUCGAUGGACAGCGAUAUGGACGAAGAGAUCCCCGGCAUGCCGAUGCAAAUGAACCUAGGCAACAUGAACCUGAACUUUGGUGGUUUCGAUACCAGCAACUUGAACUGCAUACAGGACCCAGGCAAGCGCCUGUUCAGUCCAGGAGGUGCAACACAAGCCCAGCAGCAACAACAACAGCAGCAACAGCAGCAACACCAGAGAGAGCAGCAGAUUUUGAGGAAUCAGCAACUUCUCCAGCAGCAGCUUGCACAGUUCAACCUCGAAACCCAGCAGUUCCCGCCAGGUACCAACACAGAAGCACUCCUAGCUCAGAUGAGGGAGAUGAUGAUGCCCGAGGAGAACAAGCCGUACAAGUGCCCUGUCAUUGGUUGUGAGAAGGCAUACAAGAACCAAAACGGACUGAAGUAUCACAAGACGCACGGACAUGCAACACAGCAACUGCAUGAGAACGGCGAUGGUACUUUCUCGAUUGUCAACCCAGAGACGUCUGCUCCUUACCCUGGAACUAUGGGUAUGGAGAAGGAAAAGCCAUUCAAGUGUGAGGCUUGUGGAAAGCGCUACAAGAAUUUAAACGGCCUGAAAUACCACAAAGCACACUCUCCUUUCUGUGACCCUGAGCUCAAAUUGCAGCAACAAAACGCUUUGGCGGUGGCUGCAGCGGCCGCUGCUCUGAACCAAAAUCAACUUGCGCUGAACCUUGGCCUGAUCCACGGUGGCGGCGGCGGCGGCCUGCCAAACAUCAACGAAGAUACACUGUUAUAA